CCUCAUUUCUGUUACACAGGCAAUAUUCUUUCUCUGAGAGAAAUACCACCAUAAAGGAUGAAGAAAGAGGGUCAUUUAGUCAACAUUUAUUGUAUACUUGUAUUUAAUUAAACGUUAAGCCCUUAAUUAUGAGUAAAGUAGCCCGUGUACCGGCCUGUCAAUCAUUAGUCAAGCUCGGUUGAGAGCGCAGAGGUUUUCCACGUCAGUGUGUUUACCAGGAGCAGAGUGACAGCUGCAGGAAGGGUUCACUUUAUCACCGUAUGGAGCAUUCUGAUGAAGAGUGAAUGAAGGAGCGGUGUCCUGGACUAUAACGUUAUCACACAGAGGAAUGUCCGAGGUUUUCAGUGAGCCUUUCCGCUGUAGAGAACUCAACUUUGGUCUGCUUCAUUCACUGUUGGCCGGCUAGCUUGCUAGCUUGCCGAGCUAGGCUAGCAUUAGCAUAAGCAGGACUCCAUCUUUGAAGUAGCAGACACACACACAGAGCAGCAGCAUGGUGGACAAGAACAUCUACAUCGUCCAGGGUGAAAUCGGUACUGUUGUUGGGGCAAUCAAGAGGAACUCCAGAUGGAAUACCCACACACCCCUGGAUGAAGAGCAGGACCCUUUACUGAACAGCUUUGGCCACCUCAAGGAAAUACUCAACAACAUCAAAGAACUGUCAGAUGUCGAACCCAACAUCUUUCUGAGGCCCUUCCUGGAAGUGGUCCGGUCUGAGGACACCACUGGACCAAUCACAGGCCUUGCCCUCACCUCCGUCAACAAGUUCCUCUCCUAUGGCCUUAUAGAUGCUGACCAUGAAGCAGCAGCAGAGGCCAUUGAGAACAUGGCAGACGCUGUCACACACGCUCGGUUUGUGGGAACAGACCCGGCCAGCGAUGAAGUCGUCCUAAUGAAAAUAUUACAGGUCCUGAGGACUCUGCUGCUGACGCCUGUCGGAGCUCAUCUGACCAACGAGUCUGUGUGUGAGAUCAUGCAGUCCUGCUUCAGGAUCUGCUUUGAGAUGCGUCUAAGUGAGCUCCUCAGGAAGUCAGCUGAACACACACUGGUGGACAUGGUGCAGCUACUGUUCUCUAGGCUUCCACAGUUCAAAGAGGAGGCCAAGAGUUAUGUGGGUGCCAACAUGAAGAAGUUGAAGAUGCGUGCUGGCGGGAUGAGUGAGUCAUCCAAAUGGAAGAAGCAGAAACGCUCCCCGAGGCCACCUCGCCACAUGGUUCGAAGUUCCUCAGGUCAGAUGGACCCAACGCAGACCAGCACCCUCAGUAACAACAACAUUUCAGGUGGCGUCACCUUCAUUGAGCCAGGCUUGUCCUCCUCUAGCCUACCACCUUCAGACAGUGCUGGCUCAUCCAUUUCCAGUCCUACAACCACAGACAGCGGCCUGGACACCUGCUCCAAAGCCACGUCCAGGGAAGACCUGUCUGACUUAGAGAACUGCAGCUCAUCAGUGACCACCCUCCCCGGAGUCGAGCCCGGCUCUCCAGAUGCACAGUCUGAGGGUAGGCCCAUUGAGCCUGUGCAGUCCACCUCAGUGGAAUCCAUCCCAGAGGUUUUAGAGGACAAAGACUCUAUCACAGAGGGGUCAGACAGCGCCUCUGUCCACGACAUGGACUACGUCAACCCUCGAGGAGUCCGAUUCACACAGCUCACACAGAGAGACGGAGCCUCCCUCAUUCCUUAUGGCCUGCCAUGUCUAAGGGAGCUCUUCCGCUUCCUGAUCUCACUGACCAGUCCCCACGACCGCCACAACACUGACGCCAUGAUGCACAUGGGCCUGCAGCUGCUGACUGUAGCACUUGAAUCAGGACACAUUGCUAAUUACCCAUCUUUACUGGGACUGGUCAAAGACGAGCUCUGCAGACAUCUCUUCCAGCUGCUGAGUGUGGACCGUAUGAACCUCUAUGCUGCCUCUAUACGAGUUUGCUUCUUGCUUUUUGAAGGCAUGAGAAUGCAUCUAAAGUUUCAGCUGGAGAUGUACCUAAAGAAACUGAUGGACAUCAUCACGUCAGAGAACACUAAGAUGCCUUAUGAGAUGAAGGAGAUGGCUCUGGAGGCUUUGGUGCAGCUGUGGAGGAUCCCCAGCUUCGUCACUGAGCUCUACAUCAACUACGACAGUGACUUCUACUGCUCCAAUCUGUUUGAGGACCUCACGAAGCUGCUGUCUAAGAAUGCUUUCCCAGUGUCAGGGCAGCUCUACACCACACACCUCCUCUCACUGGAGGCUCUGCUCACAGUCAUCGACAGCACAGAAGCCCACUGCCAGGCUAAAGUUGUCAACAACACGGCUCAGCAGGACCAGAACGAAACCAUACUGGCAGACGGAGAAGGGUCAGCCAAAAACGGAACAGACUCUUCAGCUGAUCCUAACAGACCAGGCAGCACCAACGGACUUCUACAAACUAAGACGGCACCAGUGUGUCCCCCGACCAGCGGACAUCUGAUGGCAGAAAAGAUGAAAUUAGGAAGACAGGAUGGAGACACUGAACCUGCUGAAAAGAGAGUCCCCAAAAAGCCCCAUCGGUUCUCAACGUACUCCCCUGACUCCCAGGAGCUGUUGGACAUACGAACAAAGAAAAAGCUGCUGAUCACAGGCACAGAGCAGUUCAACCUGAAGCCAAAGAAGGGGAUCCAGUUCCUGCAGGAGAAAGGCCUCCUCAGUGACCCCCUCGACAACAACCAGGUAGCCCAGUGGCUCAGAGAAAACCCCCGACUGGACAAAAAGAUGAUUGGCGAGUACGUCAGCGAUCGCAACAACAUGGAGCUUCUGGACAGCUUUGUCAACACAUUCACUUUUCAGGGGCUUCGUAUUGACGAGGCCCUGCGACUCUACCUGGAGGCCUUUAGGCUCCCUGGAGAGGCUCCUGUCAUCCAGAGACUCCUGGAAACUUUCACAGACAACUGGCAUAAAGUCAAUGGCUCUCCUUUCAUGACCAACGACGCAGGCUUUGCGUUGGCGUACGCUGUCAUAAUGCUGAACACUGACCAACAUAACCACAAUGUUCGCAAGCAGAACAUUCCUAUGACCCCGGAGCAAUUUAAGAAGAAUCUGAAGGGUGUGAAUGGAAAUAAAGACUUUGACCAGGACAUGCUGGAGGAUAUCUACGUUGCUAUCAAGAGUGAGGAGAUUGUGAUGCCAGACGAGCAGUCGGGGUUGGUGAAGGAGAACUACGUGUGGAGUGUGUUGCUGCACCGUGGAGCCACGUCUGAGGGUGUUUUCCUCCACCUGCCGCCUGGAAGCUACGACCAUGACCUGUUCACUAUGACCUGUCCCACCAUCGCUGCCCUCUCCUACGUCUUUGACAAGAGCCUGGAAGACAGCAUCCUCCAGAAGGCAAUCACCGGCUUCAGGAAAUGUGCGAUGAUAUCAGCUCACUAUGGCUUCAGUGACGUGUUCGACAACUUGAUCAUCUCCCUUUGCAAGUUUACCACCCUGAGCAGUGAGUCUGUAGAAAACCUUCCCACAGUGUUCGGCAGCAACACCAAGGCACAGAUUGCUGCCAAGACCGUGUUUGACCUCGCCCACCGGCACGGCAACAUCCUGAGGGAGGGCUGGAAGAACAUCAUGGACUCCAUGCUGCAGCUGUUCAGAGCAGAGCUGCUGCCUAAAGCCAUGGUCGAGGUGGAGGAUUUUGUGGAACCAAAUGGGAAGAUUUCACUUCAAAGAGAGGAAACACCCUCAAAUCGCGGGGAGUCUGCCGUGUUGAGUUUUGUUAACUGGUUGACGUUGAGCGGAGCCGAGCAGUCAGGGCUCAGAGGACCGUCCACGGAGAACCAGGAGGCCAAGCAGGCUGCCAUCCUCUGUAUAAAGCAAUGCGACCCAGAAAAGCUGAUCACAGAGAGUAAAUUCUUACAGCUGGAGUCUCUCCAGGAGCUCAUGAAGGCUCUGAUAUCAGUCACCCCAGAUGAAGAGACGUAUGAUGAAGAGGAUGCUGCCUUCUGUUUGGAGAUGUUGCUGCGAAUUGUUCUGGAGAACCGAGACCGUGUGUCCUGCGUGUGGCAGACAGUACGAGACCGUCUCUGCCACCUCUGCGUUCACGCCACAGAGAGCUGCUUCCUGGUGGAGAGGGCCGUGGUGGGACUCCUCCGACUCGCAAUCCGUCUGCUGAGACGAGAAGACAUAAGCUCUCAGGUUCUCCUCUCUCUGCGUCACCUGCUGAUGAUGAAACCUCACGUCUUGUCGCGGGUCAGCAGGGAGGUGGCCUUCGGUCUCCACGAGCUGCUGAAGACUAAUGCAGCCAACAUCCACUGCACAGACGACUGGUACACACUCUUCUCCCUGCUGGAGUGCAUCGGAGCCGGAGUGAAACCUCACGCCUCCUUUCAGCUCUCCUCUUCAUCGACUGACAACGACACAGGAGCUCAGUCGGACAGCGAGCUGCAGUCUCAUCAUCCUGGAGAGGCCAGCUUAGACCGUGGCUACACUUCUGACUCUGAGGUCUACACCGAUCACAGCAAGACCAGGAUCCCUCGCUCCACAACGGACGUGGAUGUCGCCAGCAGUGGAUGGCUCGUGGUGGGUAAAGAUGACCUGGAGACCAGUAAGAUCCCAACAUUGGGCUCUAAAGCUCAGCUGAACCACCCACUGGUGAACCAGUACAGUCUGACUCUGGGUCAGGACCUGGGCCAGCACGACACCAAGUCUCUCAUCAAGUGCGUGGAAACGCUGUCGUUCAUCGUCCGGGAUGCUGCCCACGUCACACCUGAUAACUUUGAGCUGUGUGUCAGAGCCAUACGAGUGUUUGUGGAGGCCAGCCUGAACGGAGGUUAUCGCAACCACGACAAGAAGAAAAGCCACAAGUACGACUCCAAGUAUCGGAUGAGGAGGAAGGCCGGGGGCCGGGAGAAGGAGGGCGGAGGAGGGACGAGGCGAGGCAGCAGCCGAGUGUCCAGCCAGCGUCUGUCCCGCUCCCACAGUGACGAUGAGGAGGACGAGGGCAUCCCCGCCAGCUACCACACGGUGUCAUUACAGCUCUUAGACCUGAUGCACACUCUGCACACUCGGGCUGCCAGCAUCUACAGCUCCUGGGCAGAGGAGCAGCGCCAUCUAGAGGCCGCAGGCAGGAAGAUCGAGGCCGACUCUCAGACCCUGUGGACCAGCUGCUGGUGUCCACUGCUGCAAGGAAUCGCUUGGCUGUGCUGCGAUGCUAGACGACAGGUUCGUAUGCAGGCCCUCACCUACCUCCAGAGAGCGCUGCUGGUCCACGAUUUGCAGACACUCGACGCAACUGAGUGGGAAUCCUGCUUCAAUAAGGUGCUUUUCCCUCUGUUGACGAAGCUGCUGGACAACAUCAGCCCGGCAGAUGUGGGCGGCAUGGAGGAGACCAGAAUGAGAGCCUGCACCCUCCUGUCAAAGGUCUUCCUCCAGCACCUCUCUCCUCUGCUGUCCCUGCCAACCUUCGCCGCCCUCUGGCUGACCAUUCUGGAUUUCAUGGACAAGUACAUGCACGCAGGAUCCAGUGACUUACUGUUGGAGGCGAUUCCAGAGUCUCUGAAGAACAUGCUGCUGGUGAUGGACACUGCAGGGAUCUUCCACAGCGCUGACUCCAGGACCGGCUACUCAGACCUGUGGGAAAUCACGUGGGAGCGGAUCGUCUGCUUCCUGCCUCACCUGAGGGAGGAGCUCUUCAAACAGACCGUCAUAACAGAUCCAGCACUUGAGUCUGUGCAGCCUGCAUCCCCAGCAGGUCGGCCUGCAUCUCCUCAGGUGUCACCACCACCUGCCAAGCCGCCCUCUCCAGUCCCAGUAGCUCCUGCAGAGACAAAGACCCACAGCAGGCCAGCUUCCCCACAGGAGCCCCAACCAGCCAGUGCCAACGGAUCAGACCGAGCGUCCCCGCCUCCCCCCUCGGUCUCCCCCAUCCCAGUGCCGUUAACAACAUCCCCUCCCCAGGCUUCCUCAUCCCUGAGCCAGUCCCCCCUCAUCCUGCAGCCCCUCGCCUCUCCACUGCAGGUGGGAGUCCCACCCAUGUCCCUGCCAAUCAUCCUGAACCCCGCCCUCAUCGAGGCCACGUCACCCGUACCCCUGCUGACCAGACCUAUGAGCCCAUCUGACGAAGUCAAGUAAGAGAAGUAAACCUGAGCACCUCCACCGCUCUGUCAUCUCUCCAGACCACCAACACCACCCCCCAACGACUGGACCCGACAGACUUUAUCUCCAAGAGCCCCCUGUGAAGUAACGUAGGAGACGACUAAGACGAGACACCUCCGUAAAACCCCAUUAUAUUAAAGGAAAAUUACAACUGAACAUCAGACGUGUACAGGUGUGAAUCUGACCACCUGUCCAGACACUGAGGACAGACCGUGGAGGACGCAGGAUACUAAACACUCAUUUAACACUGAAGGUAAAAAAACAAACCAAAUCAAGAACCGGCGCUGCCACAGAGGUUACGUCGCUCCAGUUUAUGUUGAAAAGAUGUUUUAUGCAGCCGGUGAAGAGAUUAUGUUGUACAUUUUACUUGCUUAGUCCCUUGUUUUUAAACCUAGUAUAUAAUAAACAUUUUAAACCAGUACAAUAAACCAAAUCAGAUUCAGUAAUUUAGUCUGCAAGACUUCAAAUGAUUAAACGUGUUCCUUUACUCUUUCA